UAUAUAUAUAUAUAUAUCUCGGAAAUUCUUGUGAUUAGAAGAGUAGAGGAUAAACUUAACCUCAAAUUCAGGAUCUAGUGUAAAUAAUACAGAGAACAGAACUGAAAUAACAGUACAUACAGCGAAAUUGAAUUCUUCUGAGAAAAAUGCGAUCCAGCAUUAUAUUCAUGAAAUGGGCGAGAUCUCCCCAGAAUGAGAAUAAAGUGCCAUUUCAGGAAAUUCUUCCUCUGAGAUUGAGGAAUCGUGUCACUGGAAAAGGCACCAGAACACUUGAGGCUGGAUGUCUUCAGGAAAUCACUCUGGUUCUCUCUUGUCUCGUUAAGAAUAACUACGAAGACAGAAUGUGCACGAAAGAGACGGAAAAUUUUCAGAAUUGUUACAAGACAUACCUGAAGAACAGAAAUUUCUCAAAAGAGCAGGCCCUGACGGGUGUCCUCACGCCUGGAUCUAAAAAUCUCAAGUUUGGACAAAUAAACAAAUUGCUAGCCAUGUUUCCCCAUAAAUAAAUAGUGCAUUUUGUCCAAUUAUAUUAUACUGUACAGAACCUCUUGUAGAGCAAUUUUAAAUAUACCGUGAAGAUUAA